AUGGAGAUCUGUGACAUCAUUAAUGAGACCGAGGAAGGGCCUAAAGAUGCCAUGCGUGCGGUGAAAAAGAGACUCAGUGGCAACAGGAACUUCCGUGAAGUGAUGCUGGCUCUAACCGUGCUGGAGACUUGCGUGAAAAACUGCGGCCACCGUUUUCACGUCCACAUCGCCAAUAGAGAUUUCAUCGAAGGUGUCUUGGUGAAGAUUAUCACUCCGAAGACCAACCCUCCUGCUAUAGUACAGGACAAAGUGCUGUCACUGAUUCAGGCUUGGGCAGAUGCGUUCAGGAGCAGCCCAGACCUCACUGGAGUCGUGCACAUUUACGAGGAGCUGAAGAGGAAAGGAGUUGAGUUCCCCAUGGCAGACCUGGAUGCUUUGUCACCCAUCCACACACCACAGCGGGGAGUCCCAGAGGUAGAUCCAGGCACACACAAGUACAGAGCUCCUGCUCAGCCCAACACAGCAUCUCAAACGGGGCCUAAACCUGCAGCUGCUGCAACAGCUGACUUCAACCCCACCCAGAUCCCACCUGUAUCGGGACCCAUCACAGCAAACCCAGAGCAGAUCGCAAGGCUGAGAAGUGAGCUGGACGUUGUGCGUGGGAAUAUUAAAGUGAUGUCGGAGAUGCUGACAGAGAUGGUGCCGGGCCAAGAAGACGCCUCUGAUCUCGAGCUGCUCCAGGAGCUGAACAGGACGUGUCGAGCCAUGCAGCACAGGGUAGUGGAGCUCAUCUCUCGCGUGUCUAACGAAGAGGUCACCGAAGAGCUGCUACACAUCAACGAUGAUUUAAACAACAGCUUCCUGCGCUACGAGAGGUAUGAGAGAUACAGAGUAGGCAGAGCAGCACAAAACAACGGGCUGAGAGAGGUCCUGAAUGAGGCUUCAGAGGAGGAUAAUCUAAUAGAUUUGGGCCCUGCUUCUCCAGCAGUGGUCACUCCUCGGGUCAGCACUGCUCCCACAUCCACCCUGCAGCCUCCUCCUCCUGCUGCUGCUGCUGCUGCUGCUGCUCCUGCUGCUGCUCCUGCUGCUGCUGCAUCUCUCUCCACACAGCUGGCAGGACUUGAAGUGGGUGCAGACAGCGUCACCGGGACUCUCAGCUCUCUGACUGCUCACAACCCUCAGGACGACUUUGACAUGUUCGCCCACACCAGGUCCAGCUCUCUGGCUGACCAGCGCAAAAACGUUAAAUACGAGGAACCUCAGGCUCUGGUGGGCCUGGCGUCUGCUUUAGACAUCAGACAGCAAAAUGCCACUGGGAAGGGUGAAGAGGCCGAGGAAGGAGUCACGAGUGAAGAGUUUGACAAGUUCUUGGAGGAGCGGGCCAAAUCCGCAGACCAGGCUUCACCGCUGGCCCCCGCCGGAGAGCCCAGACCUCCAGUGAGCUCGUCUAGCAGCAACCGCAGGAGGACACAGCAGACGGAGGACAAUCUCUUUGCCUUGUAGAACAGUGACGGGACAGAUGCUCUCGCUGGUGACCGCAACCACAUUCCCUCCCUUUACAAACCUACUGAUGUUAUACGACAGCAAGACCCCUGUCUAAUAUCCCCCCCCCGCCUGAUAGAGCACUGUGAGAAUCCAGCUUCAUAACCGCAGACUUUGAGCUGAACGGCGCAGUCAAGCGAUGGCUUAAGCAAACAUGUAGCCAAAAUGAUUCUCUUUAGAGAGCUCGCUGCUUUCUUUCCUGUCAAAUAAUAGUCGAAUAGAGCUGAUUGGUUUUGUAUUUAUCGUUCAUUAAUGAACUAACGCUCUUAAAGUUUGUCGUUCCAUGAGGUGAGGUAUUCAUGUGGGUCAGUUCUUCUGAGUCAGCUAUGGAUUGUGAUUCAAUCUGUCUCUGUGGUAAAUAGAGCAAGAAAAUAUUAGAUCUUAAUCGGGUGUAGGAGCGCAGAGACAGUGGGUCGUCGCUCGUGAUUGGCCUGUCUUGUUUAUGAGGCUCUGGUGAAGAAAAGUGGCUAUAUUCUUGUAAUCAUCAUGUGCGGAUUACCAAAGACUGAAGAAUGAACGCGUUUUCCAUCGAUAAAUGUUUUUGUAAAAAUAUCUUGACUUUUUCAAAAGAGUUGAGGUUUGCUGAGCCAUUGCAGUUUUACGGUUUUAAAAGCACCGUUUGAGGGUAUUUUAAAGCAUAGAUCAGAUGUCUGCAUAUGCAAUUUAGUGAUCCAAAAAUAUGAAACAUUUGCUUUGAAAAAAUGCAUCCUAAUUUUGGUUAUGAUGUAGGAUUUACUGGAACAGGCUCAUUUAAAAACAAAUGUCAUAUGUCAUCCCAAUAUCAAAAGAAAUAUUUUGAUUUCUA